GUCUUGUACCUAGGUGUCCUGCUCUGGAGCUGGAGCACUUUUCAGUUAGCCUCAGCUGUCAGCCCUUACCAUGGAGGGCACUUUGGUGUUGCAGUCUAUCUGAGUGAUAUUUAAUGGGAUCCUAAUUGCACAUGGAUAGCCAGAAAGUUCUGCUCCUGUUUUGGCACUUUCCUUUGCCAGGGAGUACUCUCUGAGGACCCACAUAAGCUGGAAGAAAAAAAACCAACAACAAACUCAGCACUAAUCAUCUGGAAAGGGCAGGACACUGCUGUUAGGCAGUUAUUGGACCUAUGAACAGGAAAACAUCAAGAUCACAAUUUUACAGCAUUCGUUUCUUUAAAACAUCAAAUGGAGCGCCAGUACAGCCGUCAGGUUUAUGGCGCCUCCAGAAUUAGAUUAGACAGCUUGGUUUCAUGCUGUGUACUCUCAUGUCUGGUUAUGAAAUGCUGGUUAUGGGUAGUGCUCAUGCUUAUUUUCCCCGAUCUGCCAAGAAAAAGCUUUUCUCUUGUUCCUUGUGCGUCCAAGAUUCUUUUUUGUUUCUUACUCCAUCAUUUCUGCCUUCUGCCCUGUUCUUGGCCUUUGAGAGAGCAAUGAAAUGGAUCUUCAGGAAUGGACAGAGUGGAGGCCCUGCCUGGUGUCAACUUUGUACCCAGGGUCUGGGUUGCUAAGGAGCAGGCUCUUGCCCCAGGAGAUGAGGCCACGAGUCAGAGGGGCAAACAGUGCAGACGAGUAGAGCCAAGACCAAAGCUCAGCCAAUUGUGCCCUGUGCCUGUGGAAACAGCUGCUCACCUCUGGUUCCUAAUGUAAAAUAUCUGAAGUAGUUGAUUGACCUUGAUGGCGAUUUGCCCUUUUUUUGAUGCAGUUACACAGCAACAGCCUGUUACAAAGCAGUUGCCUCUAAAGUGGUGCCCUCCAAUGUGGGUGUAGACUGGAUUAACUAAUUACUGGUGCCCAGGAAUAGCUGGUACUGCAUCUCCCACUGAGUUCCUGUGAUUCCGUCACCUCUUCCCGUGUGUUUGUGCGAGCCUGAGCCCUUGUGAAGCUGGCAAUGACAAGUCUGAAUGGUAGCCAUGCCGAGAAAACCACUGACAUGCCAAGACCAUCAAUCCCCAAAGUGCACGUGCAGAGGUCUGUGUCCCGAGACACCAUUGCCAUUCACUUCUCGGCAUCCGGGGAGGAGGAGGAGGAAGAAGAGGAGGAGUUGAGGGAGUACCUUGAGGAAGGGCUGGACGACGAAAGCAUUGUAACAGGGCUCGAAGCCAAGGAAGACCUCUAUCUUGGCCAUGACCCCAUUGGCCCUGCUGCCUCGCUCAUCCGGGCAGAUAGACUGUCCGUGUCCCAGCCCCCUGCCAUUUUGCCCGUCUCCGCGAACACUGUAAAGCUGUUGGAGUCUCCUCCUCUGGCAGCCCAAGUAUUAAGUACAGUGCCAUUGGCUCUGUCCCCAGGGUCUUCUUCGUCAGGGCCCUUAGCUAGCUCUCCCAGUGUGUCAUCCCUUUCUGAGCAGAAAACCAGUUCUUCCUCCCCGUUGUCCUCUCCUGCGAAGUCUCCUGUCCUCUCAUCUAGUGUCUCAUCCUCCGCCCUUUCCAGCGCAAAACCCUUCAUGAGCCUUGUGAAGUCCCUGUCGACAGAGGUGGAGCCAAAAGAAUCCCCACACCCCCCAAGGCACAGGCACUUGAUGAAGACAUUAGUCAAGUCUCUGUCCACAGACACUUCCAGGCAGGAGUCAGAUACUGUCUCCUAUAAGCCACCCGACUCCAAACUGAAUUUACACCUCUUCAAGCAGUUCACACAGCCACGAAGCACAGGUGGUGAUUCCAAAACUGCUCCCUCUUCCCCACUGACUUCUCCCUCUGAUACUCGCUCCUUUUUUAAAGUGCCCGAAAUGGAGGCUAAAAUUGAAGACACUAAACGACGCCUUUCAGAAGUCAUCUAUGAGCCUUUUCAGAUCCUUAGUAAAAUUAUAGGGGAAGAAAGUGGCAGCCAUAGGCCCAAAGCCUUAUCUUCAAGUGCUUCAGAACUCUGCAAUCUGUCCAGCUUGAACGGUCACUUGGAAAGCAAUAACAACUACAGCAUCAAGGAAGAGGAGUGUGAUUCCGAGGGGGACUGCUACGGAAGCGAUUCCAACAUCCCCAGAAGUGACCACCCAAAAUCAGCCGAUGAUCCCCCAAGAGAGGUGGAACUGAAAAGUUCCCAGGUUAGCAGUCUAAAGGACUUAGGCCUGAAGACCAGUUCUCUAGUUCUUGAGAAAUGUUCUUUGUCUGCAUUAGUGAGCAAAGAAGAUGAAGAGUUUUUUGAACUGUAUACUGAGGACUUUGAUUUGGACACUGAAGGGGAGAGUAAAGUUGAUAAACCCCCAGAUAUCCCUCUCAAGCCAGAGGUGCUUGUGGACAAUGGUAUGGCUCUUGACAGUGACGAUGAGGUGGACUCAGCAGAGCAGCCCCAGGAAUUACCAGUGAAGACCUUGGGCUUCUUUAUAAUGUGUGUCUACGCGUACCUCAUCCUCCCCCUCCCCCAUUACGUGAGUGGACUCUUCCUGGGCAUUGGCCUUGGAUUCAUGACUGCAGUUUGCAUGAUUUGGUUUUUUACACCACCAAGUGCUCAUAAAUAUCACAGGUUACAUAAAAAUCUACAACACUGGAACACAAGAUCUCUGGAUAUCAAAGAACCUGAAAUUCUAAAGGGAUGGAUGAACGAGAUUUACAGCUAUGAUCCCGAAACUUACCAUGCAACUUUGACACAUUCAGUCUUUGUUCGACUCGAGGGUGGGACCUUACGACUUUCGAAGCCCAAUAAAAAUAUAUCCAGGAGGGCCAGCUACAAUGAAACAAAGCCGGAGGUCACAUACGUCAGCCAGAAAAUCUAUGACCUCUCAGACAGCAAGAUCUAUCUUAUGCCUAAAAGUUUGGCUCGAAAACGAAUCUGGAAUAAAAAGUACCCCAUUUGUAUUGAGCUUGGUCGACAAGAUGACUUUAUGUCUAAGGCCCAGACUGAUAAGGAAACAUCUGAAGAGAAGCCACCAGCUGAGAGAGAGCUGGCAGGGGAGGACCCUAAGAAGCCACCUCAGGAGGGAACAAGAUCUGGCCAGCGAGAUCAGAUACUGUAUCUCUUUGGGAGAACUGGCCGAGAAAAAGAGGAGUGGUUUAGGAGAUUUAUUCUGGCAUCUAAACUGAAGUCAGAGAUGAAGAAGCCACCUGGUUUCUCUGGAAAUAAACCAGGGGUUUUGCCCACACACAGCAGACACAACAGUCCCUCUGGGCACCUGACCCAUAGCCGCAGCAGCAGCAAAGGCAGCGUGGAAGAAAUCAUGUCCCAGCCGAAGCAGAAGGAGCUGGUGGGCAGCGUGCGGCAGAAGAUGCUUCUGGACUAUAGCGUGUACAUGGCCAGGUGUGUCCCCCAAGAAAACCGAAGCCCCCAGAAGAGCCCCGUGCUGAGCGCUGAGAGCAGCCCCACAGCUGGGAAAAAGUUGCCAGAGGCUCUACCCUCUGAGAAGGAAGAACAGGAAGCCUGGGUGAAUGCCUUGCUUGGAAGAAUGUUUUGGGACUUCUUAGGAGAGAAAUACUGGUCUGAUCUGGUGUCUAAGAAAAUCCAAAUGAAACUCAGCAAAAUAAAGCUCCCCUACUUUAUGAAUGAGCUGACUCUGACGGAACUUGACAUGGGGGUGGCUGUGCCAAAAAUCCUUCAGGCCUUCAAGCCUUAUGUUGAUCACCAAGGACUCUGGAUUGAUUUGGAAAUGUCCUACAAUGGGUCCUUUCUGAUGACUCUCGAGACCAAAAUGAAUUUGACCAAACUAGGUAAAGAGCCUCUUGUUGAAGCCCUGAAGGUUGGAGAAAUUGGCAAAGAAGGUUGCAGGCCCAGAGCAUACUGUCUGGCCGAUAGCGAUGAGGAAUCUUCCAGCGCUGGCUCCUCUGACGAAGAUGAUGCCCCAGAGCCCAGUGGGGGAGAAAAACAGCUCCUCCCGGGGAGUGAAGGGUAUGUUGGAGGUCAUCGAACAAGUAAGAUUAUGAGAUUUGUAGAUAAAAUAACCAAGUCAAAAUAUUUCCAAAAAGCAACAGAGACAGAAUUCAUCAAAAAGAAGAUUGAAGAAGUUUCCAACACACCCCUGCUGCUAACUGUUGAAGUGCAAGAAUGUAAAGGAACCUUGGCGGUCAACAUUCCACCACCCCCAACUGACCGGAUCUGGUAUGGUUUCCGGAAGCCGCCAUAUGUGGAGCUAAAAGCUCGGCCAAAACUUGGAGAGAGAGAAGUGACCUUAGUUCAUGUGACAGACUGGAUAGAGAAGAAACUGGAGCAGGAGUUUCAGAAAGUUUUUGUCAUGCCAAACAUGGACGAUGUUUAUAUCCCUAUAAUGCACUCAGCCAUGGACCCACGCUCCACUUCCUGCCUCCUGAAAGACCCAGUUGUGGAGGCUGCUGAUCAGCUGUGAUGGGUGAGAUCCAGGCUCCCAGUGUGAGGUUCUUGACUGCCAGCUGUGCCUCCCGGUGUGAGGUUCUUGGCUGCCAGGUGUGCCGUAGCGCUGGCCUUCACUCGUGCCACAGCUGCUGUUUUUCAAAGAACUGCUUCUGCCCUCUGCCUGCCAGCGCCCAUUCCACUGUGAGGUGUCAUUCCACGCAUCCAGUGACAGGUGUCUGGAUUGCCUGCUGCAAAGCUUUGACUCUGGGCAAAGGAGACUGCAGAAGUAUCACCACAGGUUACAGAAGUUACGGCUGACUCACACCGUGGCUUUUUUAAGUCUACCAGUUUUUGUGGCAGCAAAAGAGCACAUUAAGAGCAAAGCUGUCCAACUGGAAGGCUUCUCCUUGCCUUCUCGACUCCUCCGAAGCUUUUCCUCAGGCGGCCAGUGCACAACUGAACUUUUUUUUUUUUUUUCACUUCUACGGUUAAUAUGUGCAACUGCAGCCCUUCACACUUCCAGAGAAUGUCAGUGUGGUGAUGCGUGUGGUAGUGGGGAAUGAAAUCUCAUGAGCCAUUUCAUUGGUGGUAAAGAGAUAUGCCUAGCAACUUACUUUUUUUCAUAUUGUGCAUUUUGGAAGCAAGUAGCCAUAGAACAUACACGCACGGUAACACUAUCAGCUGGGGUGGAGAUGGUGGAGUUGAUGUGAACGUUAGGCAAAGCCGUGUGAUCAAACCAUCCUAAGCCUUUUACCAGUGAGGUACAAUCACUUGGUUUGUAACUAAUCCUGAAUGUUCUCCUGAGACAUGAGCAUACAUGAAAAUGCCACUCUACACAAUGACCGAUUGUCCCUCAUAAAGACGGGGUGGGGCGAGAAAGCAAGUCUUUCCAUCUGGCAUUUCCUGUCAGCUCCUGGAUAUUUCAUAUAGGAAUCCAAAUGCUUUGUUAUCUAAUUAGUUUGGGAUAGUUUUGUGGGCAGUUUCCUUUUCCGAUGGCCAAAAUGGAGAACUGCUCUUUAAUUAUGAGAGUCAAGACCAAAAGUUUGCUCAACAUCAAAACACUACAUGUCUCAAAACCUAAUAUGACCUUAAUGUGGCCAAGCUGAUUUUGUGCAUUUGUGUCCGAAUGUUUAGUUUACAAGUUUGGGGGCUCCCUCUAAUUGUAUAAUUUGCUUUGAGAAGUAAACAAUUUUUUUUAUUAUUUAAAACUGCAUUUGACGUCAAAAUUACCUUGAGUAACUUUUGAUAAUUUACAUCUGUGGACAAAGCCAAUAGUGGUUUUUUAAAUAGCACCUUGCCUGAACAUGACUUUAAAGAAAUUAAUAUAUUGAGAAAAUAUAUUUGAAACCUUACUGGAUUAUUUUCAUUGCACCAUUAAAACAUUUGACUUAAAAUUAUCUGACCAUUCC